AUGUCGAACACACUUGAUCCUCUCGUAGCAUCUGUGCUUGAUCGAGCCGACUCUGACGAUGAAGAUGCUCUCAUCGCAUCUCUCGAAGAAGGCCCCGCCGUAGACGCCUUCCGCGAGCAGCGAAUCCAACAACUCCACUCCGAACUCACACGUGCCAAAUCGCAAAAAACCCAAGGUUUUGGAAACUUCACCGAGAUCAAAGAGGAAAAGGCACUCAUGGAUUUAACGACCGAGGUCAAGUAUGCCGUUGUUCAUUUUUCUAAGAAUGAUUUUGCCAGAUGUGGUGUUAUGGAUACACAUCUUGCCACACUAGCCCCCAAACAUCUAGACACACGAUUCCUCAAGAUCGACGUAGAAAACGCCCCAUUCCUCGUCACAAAACUGAACGUCAAGAUCCUACCCUGCGUUCUAGUCUUCAUAGACGGGCGAUCGAUCGAUAGAAUCGUCGGAUUCGAGGGUUUGGGUUACACACCCGAUACGUUCACGACCAAAGACCUAGAAGCAAGACUCUUGGCCUCAGGCGUCGUCAGACGAGAAACUACCUCUGGAACUCUGUAUCUUGACAAGAAAGCCAAGAAUCAGGAAGAGGAUGAAGAUAGUGAUUGGGAUGAUUGA